AUGGAUUUUCAAAAUCGAGCUGGAGGCAAGACUGGUGGUGGUGGGGUAGCGUCGUGGUCGGAUGCAAAUGUGGAUCGUAGAGAACGGUUGAGACAGUUAGCUCUCGAAACAAUCGAUCUGCAGAAGGAUCCAUAUUUUAUGAAGAAUCAUUUGGGUGGUUAUGAAUGUAAACUGUGUUUGACGCUCCAUAACAAUGAAGGAUCCUAUUUGGCUCAUACACAAGGAAAGAAACAUCAGUCGAAUCUAGCGAGACGUGCUGCGAAAGAAAUGACUGACCAACCAUAUCUACCUCUACCUCAACAACCUAAAGUCGAGUUGAAAAAAUUUGUCAAAAUCGGCAGACCCGGUUACAAGGUUACAAAGGAACGAGAUGCAGCGACAGGUCAACAAGCAUUAUUGUUCCAAAUAGAUUAUCCAGAGAUAGCAGAAGGAGUGACACCAAGACAUCGAUUCAUGUCAGCUUACGAACAGAAGAUACAACCGCCAGAUAAACGGUGGCAAUAUCUGCUGUUCGCUGCAGAGCCGUACGAAACAAUCGCGUUCAAAAUACCGUCAAGGGAAGUGGAUAGGAAUGUGGACGGUGAUGAUAAGUUUUGGGUGUUGUGGAAUAAGGAGACGAAGCAGUUGUUUAUGCAGUUCGCGUUUCGUUUGGACAGAGGUACAACAGGUAACGACCGAGGCCCGAAUGGUGAGCAAUCGAUGGGCAACCGUUCUGGCAGAGAUCACCAUUCUCUCAUCUCGGACACACCACCGCCACCUCCACCCCCACCUCCCUCAUCACAACUCAGAUCUAAUGCUCAUGCGCCUGUACCUGUUCCACCUCCCAUGUUCUUACCACCGCCUUUCUAA